AUGGGUGGAAAAGUGAGAACCCGUGAGCUAUUCGUCAAGUUUGGAGAUGUGGUCUGUAGUUCAGGAGAAUCGAAUCGGAAUCCUCAAUUUGUAGUCAUGCUAGGAGCCUCUAGUUCAAUGCUUGUUGGCACAUCUUCAUCUGUGCCUGUCAUUGCACCUGAGGCAGUUUUGGUGGUAUCUCCGUCUUUCGCAGUUAAUCUAAACUGCGAUGGCAAUGGAGAAAUAGAUGAGACUGUUAUGAUUCUGAUUUCAGGGGAGGGUGAAAAACCAAAUACUGUCGAAGAUGUACUGUGGGAUGACGAUGAUAUAGAGCCUGCCAUGAUUGACGAGGAUAGUGAUGAUGAUAUAGGAAAGAGUAUUCCAGUUAGGGAUGGUAGAGCAUCGAGUUCGGAAACUCAGCAAUACUCCUUGUACUUUUCAACUUUAGACUUGGAAGCCAUGAUAUACCAAGAGUUCUUAGAUGUAAAAUCCGAAUUUGGGGCCAGAGAUACACAGGAUACAAUGAUUGAUUUGGAUCACUCUUUGUAUUUGGGAGGUAAAAGGUAUAAUGGACCUCAUAUAUGUCUGGCCACGUUGAUAUCUAGUGAUCACAGGAUGCUUGAUUAUCAUGUUAUAUCUGCUUUCAUCCUUCCUAUGGUAAGAGCUGAUGCGACUGUGUCGAUCAAGAUAACGAUGUCAAGUAGUAUUGCAGUGUUGAAGACACUCCUAUGCGACUUAGAGGCCAAGCUGACGAGUUAUCAGCUUAUCCCCGCAGAGUAUAUCAAUGUCACCCUAUGCACCUAA